AUGGGAGAGGAAAAGCCACCGCAGCCACAGCCGGUGGAGGGGCACUCAACCCCAAAACCUCCUCCUGGAGCCGGGUCCAUUGAGACAGAGAAAAGCAUGGAUGUGGCUCCAAUCCCAUCUCCAUUAUCAGCUUCCAACCCUUCUUGGUUCACUCCCAGAAGGUUGCUUGUUAUAUUUUGUGUAAUUAACUUAAUAAAUUAUGUGGACCGCGGAGCAAUAGCUAGCAAUGGUGUCAACGGGAACCGCAAGAUUUGCUCAAAAAAUGGCCAAUGCUCACCAGGCACUGGAAUUCAGGGUGAUUUUGACCUAAAUAAUUUUAAGGAUGGAGUUGUAUCAUCUGCUUUCAUGAUUCAAAGGCGUUGGUUAUGUAAAUCUCUUUCUCUGCCUUUAACCUGA